ACAAACCCUAAGCCCAUCAUAAAUAAGGGCUUAUCUGCCUCCAAACUUUCUUCAAGUAUGAUUUCAGAAAUUUACUUGAUAAACACUACGAGAAUGGAAAACGAAGGUGUAUCCCCCGUCUGCCCCGUCGAUCCUGGCAACCCGCUGUUCUUGUCCGGCGAUGGUUUCGAGCCGGUCGGUGUUCUCUUUCCUCACGCUGUAUUUCACUUCCCCUCAAAGGAUAAGAAAGAGGCUUGCGACUUCAUGGACAAGGUCGUCGACAAACAUCGCCGUAUGUGCGAUGAGAGGCAACGACUAGGUCUCAAAAGGCAAACGCUAGAGGCUCACAUUGCUCGAGUGGAUAGGAAGGUGAGGGCUUUGGAGAGCAAUCCCUUUCAAUGGCAGUGGAGGAACUUCGAUUCCAUUGCAAAGAUCCCGAAGAAGCUUCGGAUGUAUCUCCGCGCUAGAGGUCAAGUUCCAGGGCCCGUGAAUGCCCCAGUCGAAGUUGCCCCGUCCGACGGCGAAGAGGAGGAUGAGGAGGAGGACAGCAACCCUUGGGAACGCGUUCGGAACGAGCCCGAAGUGGACGACAAGAACGAGGCAUCCACUUUGAAUGCCGAACCGGCGAUGAAGGAGCCUGUUCCUGAGCCUUUUCCAUAAAUGUUCCCGAACUCUACUCUCUUA